GACCACGCUUCUCUAGCUUGGGCUUGGCAGUGCCAAUCCGAUCCACACACCCCAGUUUCUUCCUUCCUUCCUCGGUCUAAAGAAGCAAGCAGCCAUGGACGGCGACGUCGCGACCGGCGGCGGCGGGGGCACCAGCAUCCACAUCACGGCGCUGGACGGCAUCGUGAACGUGAAUUCGCUCUUCACCCUGGCCGCCUUCCUGGGCCUGGCGUGGCGGCCCUCCUCCGACGGGCCGGGGCUCGCCGACGGCGCCGACCGCACGGGCAACCCCUGCGCCGCGGGGGACCGCGCCGAGUCGGACCUCGUCUCCUUCCACGUGCUCGCCUUCGCCUGCUUCCUCUUCUCCAGCCUCGUCGCGCUCUGCCUCAAGCAGCUCGUCCGCACCUACCCCGCGCCCCACCGCCGCCGCGCCGCCUCCGCCUCCGCCUCCGCCUCCGCCGCCGGCGGCCGCACCGCGCGGAUCAACCGCGCGGCGCUCCGCGUCGGGAUCCUCGCGUCCGCCGUGGGGUCCGUCGCCGGAUGCGGCUUCCUGAUGAUGGCCCUCGUCAACGUGGUGCAGGUGAAGCUCGGGCGACUCGGGUGCGGCGCCGGCGGGGCCGCCGCCUGGGCCGCCGUCGUGCCGCUCGUCACCCUCGUCCCUUCCGCCAUGCUCAUCUACAUCGGCACCGUCUUCUACGCCUUCACACGCUAGUCGGUGGCGGAUCAAGGAACACUCUGACCAAAGCACCCGUUUUUCGAUCAGAUCUUUAUCUGUGUGAUCCCUCCUCAGUCUUUCUUGUGUGUGAUUGGUGGUGAUGGCGUGAGAGAACUUCCAGGGGGGAACAAUGCAGCUGACUUUUGUAGAUUUAAGAUAUGUAAAAUCCAUGCGAUAUUAUGAUUGUGUUUUGGAGUUUUGGAGCAAAGUGAAUCUGCUGUGGUUU